AUGAGGACAACCGGUACCAUUAAGUCUGUCUUUGAAAGGAGGUUAGACAGGCUAAGCUAUGAAGGAUAUCUUAAGCACGCGCAUUCCAUGAUUAACUUUAUGACCCUUGCGUUGCUUGCCUUGGCAAUACUUUACUCCGUCGCCCCAGCUGUAGGAAACGGCUUUGUGAAUUUUCCGCCCAGUCGUCAAGCACGUUGCCUCUAUGGUCAAGUACCUGACUGCGGUGACGUCCAGUACGAGCCACAGAGCGUCGAAGGUUUGGCAGGGUCCUUCAGCUGUAAUGGAGAUGGAGAACGAUUUCACGAACUUAAUGAUAAUUCCUUGUUCGAGAACCUCCACUUCUCCGUCCCAGAAGACAUUGAGAAACUUUCCUUCACUUGGGUGAUUACUGCGCCGCACAGGACCAUAGUUUGGGAGUACUUUGUAAUCACUCAGGACAACACCUUGCUAUAUUCAGAUCAAGCAUUCAACCAAACCCCUCCGGCAACCCUCACCCAUAUGGUACCGCUGAAUGGGAUCAAAGGGGCACAGACAGUCCUUGCACGAUGGACAAUUGGCGAUACUGAGAACGCUUUCUAUUCCUGUGUCGAUCUACUGAUUGUAAAUGCUGCCACUGCCACUGCCACUCCUGGAGCAGUCGCCACACCAGCGCCUGUUUCAAUGCCCUCCGGCUUCCAUGAUUCGGCCAGACACGAGAAUUCAGUCAACCGAUCGGCCUAUUCCAGUGCUGAAUCGAGUCACACCGGUGCACAGAAAGCUAUCCAAAAAAAAUUUUACAUCCAGGGUCCACAUUCCUGA